AAACAAUGUCUUGAAAAGAACAAAGUUCUAUAGUUGAACACAAGAUGGCCAUCUUAAGGAAUUUUACUCUCAAGAUGGCAUUUUUGGUCGCUUUCUUCUUCAUCAUUGCAUCAGCUAUGUGGAUUGAAUCUGAAGCAAAACAAACAAUUAUAACCACAACAUGUCCAUCAACUACACAUUGUUUUCCAGAUUAUCCAAGCACUUGUUCAUCAGUUGCAGAUUGUAGGAAUUGUUGUGUGUGUAAUGAAAUAGUACAAGGUGUGUUUAUUAUUCCCAAUUGUAAUGAAAAGCACACAUGUGAAUGUGUUAAAAUUAUUCCAUCUCCACCACCUCCACCCACAAUUGCAAAUUGAGGGUUGGAAUAUAUUGUAAAGCAACCAUCGUUAUUGUAUGGAUGAGAAUAA